GAGGGGCGGGGCAGGAAGCAGAAGUGAUGUGAGCAGUGGCCUGGGUGAUGAGCUGUGUGGUGAGCCUGCUGGGGGCUGACACCACCAUUCCGGGAGCGUCUUCCGGGGAGAGCGUGUCUGCGUAGAGCAUCUCCGCACAGAACUCCAGCUUCCGGAGCCCAGACGCCCCCCCCAACCCCCGUCUCUGCAGCUCCAUGGGCGCCCGCCUGUUCCUCCCGGGCCUCCUCCUGCUGCUGCCCACGCCCACCCCGGCGCCCUGCCGCACGGCCACCCGCAAUGAGUGCCGGAGCAACCGCGUGUUCGUACCCGGCACAGCGCUGGCCGGGGAGGGCGUGGACGUGACCACCCUCAAGCGCUCGGGCUCCUUCCCGGUGGACACAGAGAGCUUCCUGCGCCCCGAUGGCACCUGCACCCUCUGCCAGAAUGCCCUGCAGGAGGACGCCCUCCAACGCCUGCCCCUGGCACUGACCGGCUGGCGCGCCCAGGGCUCAGGCUGCCAGCGCCAAGUGGUCAGGGCCAAGGCCAGCUCCACCGAAGGCGUGGCCAGGGAGGCGGCCAGCAACAUCCGCAACGACUGGCGGGUGGGGCUGGAUGUGUCUCCCAAACCCAGCGUCAAUGUGCAGGUGACCGUGGCUGGCUCGCACUCCAAGAUGGCCAACUUCGCUGCCCACAAGACCCACCAGGACCAGUAUCGGUUCACCACUGACUUGGUGGAGUGUCGCUUCUACAGUUUUCACCUGGUACACUCUCCCCCGCUCCACCCCAACUUCCAGAGGGCCCUCAGCGACCUGCCCCCCAACUUCAACACCUCCACAGAGGCUGACUACCUCAGGCUCAUCUCCAGCUACGGCACCCACUUCAUCCGGUCCAUGGAGCUGGGAGGCCAGAUCUCGGCCCUCACUGCCCUGCGCACCUGUGAGCUGGCCCUGGACGGGCUCACGGCCAGCGAGGUGGAGGACUGCCUGGCCGUCGAGGCCCAGGUCAGCAUAAGCGGCCGCGCCAGCUCUUCAUCAGAAUUCAAGGCCUGUGAGGAGAAGAAGCAGCAGCACAAGAUGGAGACCUCCUUCCACCAGUCCUACCAGGAACGCUUUUCCCAAAUAGUUGGGGGCCACCACACCUCCAUGGGCGACCUGCUGUUUGGGACACAGGCCGGGCCGGAGCAGUUCUCAGCCUGGAUGAACUCACUGCUGGACAGACCCGGCCUGGUGGACUAUACCCUGGAGCCCCUGCACGUGCUCGUGGAGAGCAAAGACCCCCGGCGGGAGGCGCUGAGGCAGGCCGUGAGCAAGUACGUGAUGGACCGGGCCCGCUGGAAGGACUGCAGCAGGCCCUGCCCCCCGGGGCAGCGGAAGAGCCCCCACAACCCAUGCCAGUGCGUGUGCCACAGCUCGGCAACCACCAACCAGGACUGCUGCCCCCGGCAGAGGGGCCUGGCCCGCUUGGAGGUUAUGAACUUCCAGGCGACAGGCCUGUGGGGAGACAACUUCACCCCCACAGACGCCUAUCUGAAAGUCUUCUUUGGAGGCCAGGAGCUGAGAACCAACACGGUGUGGAACAAUAACCACCCCAAGUGGAUGACGCGGCUGGACUUCGGGGACGUGCUCCUGUCCAUGGGGGGGCCCCUGAGGGUGCAGGUCUGGGACCAAGACAAUGGCUGGGACGAUGACCUCCUUGGCACCUGUGACCAGAAAGCACAGACUGGCUCCCAUGAGGUGAGAUGCCACCUGAACCACGGUCACCUGAGAUUCUCCUACCAGGCCAAGUGCUUGCCUCACCUGGAGGGGCCUACCUGCCUGCAGUAUGCCCCCCACGGUCUUUUGGGGGCACCUCCAGGAAACCGGAGCGGGCCAGUGUGGUGAGCGCGGUGGGCCUUGACAGGGCCGGGGGACCCAGCCUGGACCAAAGGGGGUGUCACGGAGGGAGCCAGGGCCUAUCUUCAUAUCCCCAUUAGACAGAUGGAAAACUGAGGCUUACUUUUUUUUUUUUUCAAUGAAGUGGCUGAAUUUACAGGUCAGCCCUGAGUCUGCUGUCCAAACUGCCUUAGCUCUCUGAAGUUCUCGAGCCCUAGAAAUGAGCUCAGCCACAGCUUGGGUCAGGAGCUGGGCAGAAGGCCAGGAGGCCCUUCCUCCCAGGCCACUUGAUGUCACUGAAGACCUUCCCUCGCAGCCCUUGCCAGCAUGCGGAAUUCUUCAUCCCACUGGGUCUAACCCUGCCUGUCGCGGCCGCUCUGCUGGCUCUCUCUUCUUUGCCCAGCCAGCUUUGCCCCUCAGCCAAAUCCGGGACUAUCUGGACCUGCCCGUGUGUGCACAGCCUGACAGAGGACUGAUGCAUGUGCGGUGAUGGUGGCCGUCGUGGCGGUGGUCGUGGCAGAGGAGAGGGCUGGGACCAAACACGGUCCCAGAGACCAACGUCUAUAUCAGCAACCCUACCCAGCAGGACAGGUGGCUCACCCCACAGCAGGCUGGGAAUCAACAGACUUGCUUUCGACUUUCGUGGGAAACGUGGGGACCCAAAAUAUUUUACUUCCCUUGUAACUCUUGAUUCAAGACACAGCAGCACAGACUUGGGGGUCAAAGGCAACAGCAUUCCGCUCCCAGCCAGGUGGCCGCAGGGAACGGUGAGGACUAUAGUGAGCUGAAGGGCACGUGAUUUUCAAGGGGGGGGGGUGGAGCUCUGCCCCCGCCAAGCGUUCCCGGGCAGGAAGGCUGGAAGCGCUUUGAAUUUCUGAAAGUAGCCAGAAGCCCCAAAUUAACUUCUCUACUUGUUGGCAAUGCAGUUCACUUUGUAAAAAUAAACCUAUGUACAAGUCAAA